CGAUAAAAAACAUAAUUUUCUAAUAAAUUUAACAAAAAAAACAAAACAAACUAAUUGUUUAGCUCAAAAUUUGACACAAGAAGAUGUAUUUGGUGAAGAAUUAAGUGAUUUAAGUGAAGAUGAAGAUGGUGUAAGAAGAAAAAAACAUGAUGAUAAUGAUUUAAAUGGUAGUCAGGAAGGACAUGAAGGUAAUGAAGAUAAAUUAAUUGAAGAACAAGAAGAAGAAGAAGAAAUUAUUGUUGAUACACCACAAGUUACAUGUGAUCUUGGUAAAGAUAUUCAUCUUGUUAAAUUACCAAGUUUUAUGAAAGUUGAACCAAAACCAUUUGAUCGUCAAUAUUUUAAUGAAGAAAUUCGUGAUGAAGAUGAUGAAGAAAGUAAAGCUCGAAAGAAAUUAGGACUUGAAAAUACAAUUCGUUGGCAUUAUAAUACAAAUGAAAAUGGUGAAACAAUACGUGAAAGUAAUACAAGAUUAGUACGAUGGUCUGAUGGAAGUUUAUCAUUACAUGUUGGGAAAGAAAUUUUUGAUGUAUCAAAAGCAAAUAUUCAAAGUGAUCAUAAUCAUUUAUUUGUUCGUCAUCAAAAAAGUAUGCAAGCUCAAGCGGUUUUUCGUACAAAACUUUCAUUUAGACAACAUUCAAAUGAUUCAUUAGCACAUUUAAAACUUAAAUUUGCAAGUAAAGCUAAUCCAGCACCAAAAGUUCGUGUACUUUCAAAUAUAAAAGCACCUAUUAUUAAUAGUAUUGAUAUGAGAAAGGUUUGUUUUCUUUUUUUUUUGUUAAAUUUAUUAGAAAAUUAUGUUUUUUAUCU